AUGGAUAAGAUGGUUGACCUUUCAAAACCCACCACUGAAUUGGCCGCCGGCUUCACCACCGGAGUGAACCUUUGGUUCAACAAGGUGCCAUGGAUCAAGAAUAUCACUCUGAAACGUGGGUUGGUUGCUGCUUGUCUAUUGAUGGUGAUUCAUGUCAUUAUCCAACAGCGUCUCCGAUAUGCUAGGAUGCGCUACCUGAUAAGAAAAUACCCUUUCAGAAAUCGAGAAUCCUACCGCUUCAUGACCGAUCAGCAGGCCUUUGAAAUUCAAAAGACCAUUUUGCAGCUUGAGUUUCCCUUCAUGGCAUUAAAAUCUUUGCAAUUUGCGCUUUUUAGAACAUACGGAAUUCCCACCAUAUCGUCUCUUCUGGCAAGAACAACCGAGUUUUCUGAUACAGCAACUGCAUUCAAGCGAUAUGCCGAUACAGGUGUUCUGAUCGGUCAAUUUAUGGCCUUUGAUCCUUCUUCUGACAGGGCCCACGAAGCUAUUGCGCGAACCAAAUUUCUGCAUGCCAACUACCGGAAGACUGGCCAUAUCCUUGAAGAAGACAUGUUGUAUACACUGAGCUUGUUUGCCCUUGAACCAAUCCGUUUCGUGGAAAAUUAUGAGUGGCGCGAACUAUCUGAUCUAGAGAAAUGUGCUAUCGGCACCUACUGGAAGAGUCUAGGCGAUGCGUUGGGCAUCAGUUACGCCUGUCUACUGUCUGGCUCAGAGAUUGCUGAAGCAGAGACAGGGGAGAAGAAAUCAGGUUUCCAGGAUGGUCUUCAUUGGCUGGAGGAGAUUCGCACUUGGAGCCACGCAUAUGAAGUAGAGAAGAUGAAACCUCAUCUCAAAAACAAAGAGGUAGCUGAUAAGACUACCGAUGUGCUCACUUAUACCUUACCUGGUUUCAUGAAACCGGUGGGAAUACAAUUUGUUUCGUUUCUAAUGGAUGAUAGGUUGAGAGCCUCCAUGAUGUACAAAACUCCAGAUCCCGUGUUUGCGACCCUGUUUGGCACCCUACUGGCCACACGCAAAUAUUUCCUGCGUUAUAUUGCUCUGCCUCGACCUUACUUUUUCCGGAACGAUGUGUUUACUCAUCAACCAGAUGAGAAUGGGCGUAACUACGUCAAAAUCUGGGACGCAGUACCCUACUAUGUCAAGCCAACAAUUUGGAAUCGGUGGGGCCCUGCAGCCUGGUUCAAACGUCUUCAAGGAUUACCACUGCCAGGGGACGACGGCGACAAAUACUUUCCACAAGGCUAUGACACAUUGGAUGUUGGACCGCGUCAUUUCCGCGGCAAAGGAAGAGCUCAAAUGGAAGAGUAUAGGAAAAAAUUACUUGAAGAGAGGAAGGGACAAUGUCCCUUUCAUUGA